AUGCGAUGCGCGAGCAAGGCCGCUGAGAGCGCGUUCGCACGUCUCUGUGCGGACGCCGAAGCAGAAACCACAGCAACUGAUGUCUCAUCGGUUGAUGAAGCGACGCAGCCUGUGUCACCUGGUGAUACAGGCGCUCGUCAUGAAGACACUCAUGUCUUCACAGAGUAUGAGCUCGGUGUCUAA